AUGACCAAACGUGACGUUGACGAUGUGGCUGAUCAAGCCGACAAGGCUACCAAAAAGCUCAACCGCAACUUCACCGUUGAUGAGAUCAAGCUGAGUUUCCAACCGAAACUCUGGACUGAAGAAUACCAACAACUGCUCAAGCACGACGUGGCCGAGUCCCAGCCCUACCGGUGGGGCCAUUUUACCGAUUUAUUUGAUGACGAAUUGCUCCGCAAAGUCCGCAAAGAAGUGCUUAAUGAGAUCCAUUUUACUAAAAAGGAAACCGAUAUUUAUAAAGUGUACCAGCUGGGAGACUUGGCCAAUCUUUCGGGAUUGGACUGGAACGACUUGCUGAGACUUCCCUCAUUGUUUAGAUUACGGGCAGCCAUCUAUUCUCAAGAGUUCCGUGAUGCUAUAUCCACUAUCACGGGCUGUGGUAAGCUUAGUGGUAUCAAGACGGAUAUGCUGAUUAACACCUACCGCAAGGGGUGUCACCUUUUAACUCACGACGAUGUCAUUGGUCUGCGUCGGGUAUCGUUUAUUCUUUAUAUGCCUGAGCCUGGUAAGCCGUGGAAGGCUCAGUAUGGUGGGGCUCUUCGUCUCUUCCCGCUGGUGGUGCCUAAUGUUCCCAAGACCGAUUAUGAGUGUAAAUUUGUGCCUCAAUUCAACCAAAUGGCGUUCUUUACUGUCCAGCCAGGGCUUCUGUUCCACGACGUCGAGGAAGUUAGGGAAGACCGCCACCGGUUGCUGAUUCAAGGGUGGUUUCAUAUCCCUCAACCCGGUGAAGAUGGGUACAUUCCUGGCGAACAAGCGGAGACUGAAGCUCGUCUGACGUUACAACAGCUCCAGCUGAAGGAACUCCAAGAGUUUGAUUUUCCCAAACCGUUCAGAUACGAUUUACUUGAUGAUACUGUUAAUCAAAUUGCUACUGCUAUUGCUGAGGGACUCACUGAAGAUGAUCGCAGAUACCUUGAACGAUUCCUUAACCCGUUGCUCUUGCGGCCCGAACAUAUUGCCACGAUUAAGGCGACAUUCCUCGAAGAGAAUAUUGUUGAGAUCCCUAACCUUUUCAAUGAAGCCAUCGCUGAACCUUUGAAAAAAGCAUUACGGGAAGCGGAAAUUGAACGUGAAACUCCCACUACCGUCGACACAGUCGAGGCACCGUGGAAAUGUGCUGUGCCUCCUCAUAAACAACGGUUUUUGUACAUUGACGGUAAGCUGUCCUUCUCGCUCACUAAGGAAAGCAUUGAUUUUGAAAACAAAGUGGGUCCCCAAGAAAUGCCUAACUUUGGGCUUGUGCCUACUCCCCACUCAUCUGAUGAACGAGUGGUGGCAGUAGCUCGAUUUGUCACCCUGAUUCUGUUUAAAAAAUGGCUUGCUCUCAUUACCGAGCUCAUCACUACCCUGGAACAAGUAUUGGUACGCCGAUUCCGUCCGGGCCAAGACUUUAUCUUGGCUACACCUACUGAUAAGCAAUUGGCUCGUAAUGACGAAGAGGUCAACGCUGUGCUUGAGGCGACGCUCGACUUGACUCCCACUGCCGAUACCUCCGAUAAGCUGUGGGCCCUGGGCGAGUACGGCGGCUACGAGUUGUGUAUGGCACGCCCCGAAGAGUUUGAAGAGGACGACGAUCCCGCUAUCUACAAGCAGAGCGACGAUGCUGACGACCUGGUGUUGCUGACGACUCAAUGCCUGUGGAACCGUCUCACCCUCAUGUUGCGUGAUCCCACCGUGCUCAAGUUUGUCAAAUACGUCUCCAUCAAUGCCAGAGGGUCGCGGUGGGACGUGCUGUGCCAGUGGAAUGUUAAGGAUGGCGGCGAUGACGAUGACGAGGACGAGGACGAGGAGAAUAAUGAUAAUGAUAAUUAA